AUACGUCACCAAAUGUCAGUCAUGAUAAAAUCUGAUAAGAAUUCCUUUACUUGUUGAUGUUUAAUAAACGGCAUUUUAAAUAUUUAUAAGUAUUACAAUAUAAGUAUAUUUACAAUGAAAUCUUUAUCAAGUACAGAUGUACCGAAUGUUGUAAAUAUUUUAUUAGUGUUAGUAUUUAACUUAAUCUACAUUUCAGCACGAAGGGUGCCUGUGAAUGAUUACUAUGGUUUGUACGAACAUAACCAGCCUCAAUUUGCUGCAGCAUUAGAAAAAUUAGAACAUGAACCAAAAUGGGUGGAUAAUUGGCCUGAUUCAUCCAUCACAAUGGGCCAAGUGUCAGGAGUUGCUCUAGACAAUUCCGGUCUACUUCUGGUGUUUCACCGAGGGCCUAAUAUAUGGGGGGCUAGUACAUUUAGUGAUAGAAAUGUGUACAAUGGUAUAGGAGAAAAGCCUAUACCAGAACCAACAAUCCUGGUAAUCAAUGACACUGGAGAACUGGUUGAUAAAUGGGGACAAAAUCACUUCUACAUGCCUCACGGGAUUACGGUCGAUUCUGUGGGCAAUGUGUGGCUGACAGAUGUGGCCCUGCAUCAGGUCUUCAAGUUCACACCUGACCAACGGGAUAAACCAGCUAUGGUGCUUGGAGAGAAAUUCGUCCCAGGUGAUGACGAAAACCACUUCUGCAAACCGAGCGCGGUGGCGGUGCUGUCGAGUGGGGAGUUCUUUGUGGCGGACGGCUAUUGCAACACGAGAAUCAUCAAGUUCGCGCCCGAUGGCACGCGGAUACUGCAGUGGGGGAAACGGUACGGGGAUUCCCCGUUCGUAUUCAAAGUGCCGCACGCGCUUGCGCUGGCGGAGGAGCGCGGCGCGGUGUGCGUGGCGGACCGCGAGCGCGGCCGCGUGGCCUGCUUCCGCGCCGACAACGGCACCUACCUCGCCGCAUACUCCAGCUGGCUCAUUGGUGACAGGCUCUUUAGUGUCGCAUACGCACCCGUACAUGGCGGAAGGUUAUACGUAGUAAACGGUCCGGGGGGCGGGGCGCCGGUGCGGGGGUACGUGCUGGACUACGAGUCGGGACGUAUGGUGGGCACGUUCGCGCCCGCGGGUAAAUUCUCUAACCCGCACGACAUCGCGGUGACGAGUGACGGGUCGCGGGUCUACGUGCCCGAACUCGACCCAUACCGCGUCUGCAAGUUCCUCGACGACACUCACCGCAAUACGACGGAGAGCGCUCCGCCUGCUAAACCCACCGCCACUGUCGAGUUGUCAGGGUCUAGCGCAGUGCCCGUGGGCGCGGUGGGCGCAUGGGGUGCUGUAUCUGGUGCAAUGGGCGCGGCGCUCGGGGCGGCGGGAGCGGCACUGCUCGCCCUCGGCGCCCUCGCCCUGCUCCGUGCCAGGAACCGCGGUAAGGAAGUAGAAGCUGAGCCUCUUGUGCAGUAGGAGAUACACGACACACGAACGCGGUACACUCGCCCUAGGUACAGUGGUUUGCUGGCAAUAUCUUACCUUAAAGGUAACCAGUGUUGGAACGUCUUGUAUGCUUUGAAAAGAAAUCGGUAAAUGUUGUAACAAUAACGUAUUCCACAGUAUAUAAUAGUUACUGGUAUAGUGUUAUUGAAAUUCAGAGCAUCACCCCAAUUGUUAUUAUGUAUGAAGGUGCAGAGUUUAAGUUCGUUAUGAUUUAUGCUUUAUGAUUGCGCAAUUUUUCUGCAACUGGAAUACCGCGAACGGAACUGACUGUACACUCGCUCCAAACACGCCGAGGCAAUUUAUUUUGUUCACAACGUAAAUGGCCGGAUACGAAAUAUAAUAUAUUGGAAUACAUAUUAAAAUGUUACACAAUUAAAUAUAUAAUUUGUCAGCAUCGCUAAAUACAAGAAGGGAUUGUGAUUAAAAACUGCUUAGGUUAGAAGUUGUAUGCGUACAAUACGAAUUUACAUAAAUUAAACAUUUAUAUAAAAUGUUUAAAGUAUAAUUUUUAAUUUUUUACGAGAUUUAUUUCGUUUAUCCCAAAGUUCACAAUUUAAAUAUAUUUAUACAUUCACUAAUAAGUACAAGUAAAAUUAACCUCCUUUUAUAAGACGAAAGAACGAAAUAAGUACUUGCAUAUUUUAUUUAUCCUUGACCGGUCAUAAUAAGAUCCGUUCCGUGUAACUAUUCGUUCCAAUCCGUUUAAAAAUCCAAUUUUAUAUUUUUUCCAAAUUAAAUUUUAUUUCUAUAAUUUUGCACAGCAACAAUUGCAUUAUUGCAAUGGUUUUUAAUUUAAAUGUUUUACAUUUGACACACAUACAGACGUAUGAUCUUUUAAUAUAACUACGUUAAAAUGGACAUGAUAACUUUUUUAUUUAAUUGUACAUUUAUCAAUAGUAU